AUGUCUACCAACCUCAAAUCUGCGAUGCCGUCAGGCCUACCAUCAGGGCUGCCUACGGGAAUUGCAACAGAUAUCAAUCUCGGUCCAUCACCAUUUACAUCUUCCUUCUCAGGCGAUUUCCUCGGCCUUUCCAUUCCAGACGACGAGCAACUGUGGGGGCUAAGCCCAGUUUCACCCAUGGGCACCGGCUGGGACAAAGCCGACUCGGCAGCAUUUGCCAAUUCAGCCCUCGAGCGGGACCUCAAAAACGCCCAAGUCCGCAAUGGUCAACCAACCCCGCCCCCGUACGACGACCAAGGCCGCGACCUAUCGGGCAUGGACGUAAUGGAGACAGCGAGCAAACGCCGCCGUGUCCGCGAAUACAACACCGCCGCCGCCAGUCUCAGCCCGGAUCUCGAUGAUGGGCCACAUGACCGCGUCAAGCGCGCCAAGUUCCUCGAGCGCAACCGUCUAGCCGCCAGCAAGUGUCGCCAGAAAAAGAAAGAGCACACCCAGAAGCUGGAAACCGAUUACAAGGAGCAGUCCGAUAAGAAGGAGCAGCUGAUGGCGGAGAUCUCCCGGCUGCGCUCCGAGGUCCUGGGCUUGAAGAAUGAGGUUCUGAAACAUGCGCAGUGUGGUGAUGAACCGAUCAAGCUGCAUCUUGCGCAGAUGGUCAAGAAGAUUACAGACGGCGAUGUGCCGCAGCCUGCGUUGCCGGGGCCGUCGCCUGUCCCGCUUCCUGAUAACGGGUCCGUCUCGCCGAUCGACCCCACUCCCGUUCCUGUGACGUCGGCUGCGGUGCCGGUUUCUGCGUCGCAGGCGCCGACCUCUCUGUCGUUUGGCUUUGACGAUCCGUUGCCGCUUGAACCGGCUGCUGUUGCGGCGGCGGAGGCGUUCGAGCAGCAGAUGCGGAGGGAGUCGGAGGCUUCACUGGUUUCAGAGGGGUCUUAUUCGUUCUCGGAGGAUCCCUCAUUCGAUGAUUUGAUCAAUGUUUGA